GAUCAGGACCUGGUCCCCUUUUUCCCGUUAUAAGUCCGCAGAACUGUUGAGCUUGGCGUUACGUAUCUUAUCCCCCGCAUUCAUUGUAUCAUGACCACCCUCGAACUUCUUCCGUAUGAACCGCACCCCCAUGUCGUGCUUAUUAUGGACCUUAUUGGUCACAAAUUGGAUGGACCAGGUUUGUUCGACACGGACGAUGAAACUUACUUGAAAUCGUUGGAUCCGAAGGAUUGGAAAACGCAUGAUCUGUAUGCCAUUCUCGGAUUAAAACAAUCACGUCAUCUUGCAAGCUCGGAGGACAUACGUCGGGCUUAUCGUAAAAAGCUGCUCACCCAUCAUCCUGACAAACGACGUUUGCACGGUGAAAAGGUGAUGGAUGAGUCCCAUGAUUACUUUUCCUGCAUAACCAUUGCGUACGAAAUCCUGGGCAAUCCAACCAAGAGACAUGCCUACGACAGUGUGGAUCCCGUUGUUGUGGACGAUUCCUAUCCCACCCUAUCUGAAAUCAAAGCAGACUACUUCACCGUCCUCCGAGAAUUCUUCUCGCGUAAAGCCAGAUGGUCAAAAAGGCAACCAGUGCCAUCCAUCGGCUCGAUGCAGACACACCUGAAUGAUGUGUAUAAUUUUUACGAUUUCUGGGAGCUGUACGAUACCACUCGCGACUUUUCGUUUUUGGAUGAAGAGGAUAAAGAAAAAGGUGAAGAUCGCGAAGCACGACGUGCGAUUGAACGUCAGAAUCGUGUGGAGCGGGCUCGGCGGCGAUCCGAGGAACUCCGUAUCAUUCGGCAGGUUUUGGAAUUGGCCAAAGCCAAUGAUCCCCGGUUGAUUGCCGCCAACAAAGCCGCCAGAGAUGCCAAAGCUGCCAAGCGUCAAGCUCGUCUUGAUGCGAUCAGGCAGAAGCGGGAGGCAGAAGAACAGCUCGCGGCCAAAGAAUCCGAACGACUAGCUGCCGCACGGGCGGCUAGCGAAGAGCGCCGCAGGGUCGAGGCCGAUCGAGUUCGGAAGGAACGCGAACAAGCGAAAUUGGAGUCCAAACGCGAGCGACGCCGACUCCAUGAGCUGGUUGUCGAUCGUCAUGAUCAUUUUAUCCGGCUGGAACCUACACCAGUGGAUCCAGACACCGAACGCGUCCGCAUCCUGGCAGCGGUCGACUUAUUAUGCCAAUGUCUUUCAGCCACACAACUUCAGCAACUCAACGAUCAGCUGGAUGAUGCCUCCAGUGUCGAAGAUGCUUGCCUUCUCUUCAACAAACAGCACGAAGAAGUGCAGAGGGAACUUCAAGCGCCUGGACUGUGCUCAACAACGAAAUCUUCCCAACAGCAGCCCCCAGCCGCAUCAGUGACUCCCGCCUCUUCAAAAUAUAGCACGGAGCUGUGUCGGACACUGAUCAAGGCGGUCAACUUACUGCCUGCUGGCACUCCCAAGCGGUGGGAAGCAAUUGCGGACUAUGUGAACCAGCAUGCCCCUGGCUCGUCCAUCUCCGCCAAGGAAGCUCUCAAGCAAGCCAAAGCGUUAAGUCAAGAGGAUGCAGGCUUGAGAAAGAUGGCGAAUGAAAAGGCUUUCGACUCCUUUACCAGUUCAGUGCGGACCACGGACGCCGUUAAAAAUGUUGCCAUAACCAGCCAGUUGGAAGCUGAGGCGGUCAGGCCGUGGACCCUCACCGAACAACGGGCACUUGAGGACGCGUUGAGGUCGUGUCCUGCCGAUGCUACUGCUAAUCCCGGUGAUGACCGUUGGCAACGCAUAGCAGACCUUGUUGGCACUCGCACCCGACGCGAAUGCAUUCUGCGCUGCAAAGAGCUGUCGCGACAAGUCCGUGCCAAAAAGCUCGCCUCCGCCACCAUAAAUGGUGAAGUGGAUUCAAACAAAAAAACGGUCAAACAAUCGAAACCGUCUCAAAAGUGAUCUGUGCAUACUCAGAUUUUAACUGCUCUGUCACACGCAUCCUCUCUCUCUCGCUCCAGCCUUCACAUGUUACUAAGGGGUCCAGCUUACUUUUCUGAUAUAACUGACCCCUAAAACUUGUACAAAUUCCAGUUUGACCAUGACCCUCUAUUCGACUUCCUUCGACUCCUUCUCUGCUACCUCAGCUCCACACCUUUCUGCAUCCCGUCUUAAUGGCGGGCUAUUAUAUCAUAUGGACAGAACCGACUUCUGAAAUACAACAUGUGAUCUAUGUUCGACCAGAACAUAAAAGUCGGUACAUCAACUUUUAUUCGAUACGCCACAAAAUCUAAAAAG